AUGGCAGCCCCUCUGGAUGAAAUUGAUUUAUUCAAAGGGUGGCCGGCCACCAAAAUUCUUCCCAUCGACCAUCUCAAAACCGCCGUUGCUAAAAAAUUAUCAGACAAAUCAAUUUUGGACGAAGCUUUUGGAUAUGGGCCCAACGAAGGCCAUUUCCCGUUGAGAGAAAAUAUUGCCAAAUGGUUAACCGACCAUUAUUCUCCUCCGGGGUCCAUUCAGGCUGAUCAAAUCUGCAUCACUGGUGGUGCUAGCCAAAAUCUCGCGAGCAUCUUGCAGGCCUACAGUGAUCCCGUAUACACGGAGGCCGUUUGGCUCGUGGAGCCAUGUUAUCAUUUAGUUUUUCGGGUCUUUGAAGAUGCGGGAUUCUAUAACCGACUUAAGUCAGUACCAGAGGACGAAAGUUGCAUGGAUGUUGAAGCACUCGAAAGGUCUCUAGAGGCAUCACGGCUUGCUAGUGGCGAGUCAGAUGUAACCCAACAAAAGUCUACAAAGUCUUCUCGGCCCUCCAGAAAAACUUAUAAACACAUUAUCUACUGCAUUCCUAGUUUUUCGAAUCCAUCUGGAAAGACUAUGAGUCGAUCGCGUCGCGAAGCUUUGAUUCGGGUAGCACGCAAAUAUGAUGCUCUGAUUAUCUGUGACGAUGUUUAUGAUUUUCUCUGUUGGCCCGUAGAGCCCACUAACAAUCCUGUCUCAAAUGCGCCACUACGUCUGGUUGAUAUUGAGCAAACACUCGACAACGGGCCAACAGACAGUUUUGGAAAUGUGGUUAGCAAUGGUUCUUUUAGUAAGCUUAUCGGACCGGGCUGUCGAAUCGGGUGGGCUCAGGGAACAGAGAGCUUUAUCUUCGGUCUCUCUGAGACGUAA